AUGUUACCUUGCUCUUUCGACGAAUUAAAGUCCAGAUCCGGUCCGCCUUAUAAUGCCUGGGGCGUAUACGGGGCCGACGAUCAGCUUGGAAGGUUGAACCUGAUAAAUGAACAAGCUGUCAAGAGAGGAAGGGUUCCAAUCAAACGUGGAAUCUGCGUGAACUUGAACUUACCACGCGCUGCACAACCCCUUAAUCCGGCCAGAAAAGGUUUAGAGCAUGAAAUAAUGCAUCGCACUCACUGCAACGAUGACCAUGUCUCCUUCAAUACCCAAGCUUCAACUCAAUGGGACGGCUUCCGUCACCAUCCUUAUUUGAAUUAUCCCGAGAAGGGCUCAUACGUUUACUAUGGGGGACAAAGUAACGACGAUGCGAGAGAUAAAUCCGUAGCCCGCAAUGGAAUACAUAAUUAUGCGAAAAGACCUAUUACCUCCCGUGCUCACUUGCUUGACAUCGUGGCUUAUCGAGCUCGACGUGGUCUUCCACCCAUGUCUGCUUUUGAUAGAAGUACCCCAAUAACAUUAGACAUCCUCAAGGAAUGUGCGAAAGAGUCAAAUGUGAAACUUGAAAGCGGAGAUAUCCUCAUUGUGAGGACGGGCUUCACAGAAGCUCUAUUCGAGCUGUCAGACGAGGAGCAAGCUCAAUUGCCAAACCGGAAAGUGAGAGGAUACUGCGGAGUAGAUCAGUCCGAGGAGGUUUUGAGAUGGCAUUGGGAGAAUGGAAUUGCUGCCGUUGCUUCUGACACAGCUGCAUACGAGAACAACCCUUCUCCGAGCUCGCCGUCCAUCCACGAGGUCUUCUUAGCUGGGUGGGGAUUGCCUAUUGGCGAAUUAUUCGAUCUCCGCGAACUUGCGAAUGAAUGCGAGAGACUUCAGCAAUGGAGAUUCUUCUUCUCCAGCAUGGUAUUAAACAUCGAGGGCGGUAUCGCAAGUCCACCGAACGCUCAAGCUAUAUUGUAA